AUGCUGUCGAUCGACAUCCAUCGCAUGACUGACCACCCAGACAACACGACGAUAACGUCGCAACCAGGACAACGCGACAAGGUCGCGGCAGCUAGCGACACCAACAAGAGGAGUCGCCUGCUUUCUCUACCGCAAGAGCUGCAGGACAUCAUCUUCGACUUCGCCUAUCCGGCCCAAGAUGGCACGAAGUACUACGACCGCAGAGACUGGACUGACCGCGAACAAGAGGCCCGCCGGAGAGACAGCAGCCGUGUGAUACGCCCAUUUCCUUCUCCGAAGGUCGAGGAAUUUAUGCUCUCGAGACAGUACUUUGCGGGCGCCUCUCGCGCAUGGGCCGCCAACCAAGACUUCGAGUUCGAUACAGGUAUGAGCGGCGCAUUCCGCAUACCUUACAUCGACAACAGGGAGUAUGAAGCUGGCAUCGUACGGAAACAUGCUACAACUGUCACCGUGGGCAUGUACCUUCCAUCUUUUGGUGCCCGUUGCCGCCAACACUUUGCUUGUCUCAGAGUGUUGUCCAUCUACCUGUCCCCGCGCGACUUCGAAUCUACAGAGCCGAAGUUCGUGUGGACGCAGACACUGGACGAGGCUGAUUUCGCUGUUGUUGCGGGCGCACUGAACCUAGAUAAGCUACGUGGCUUGCGAACUCUGAGACUGGUGCCUGACACGUGCUACUAUACCAAGUCUCCCCAGGAGGAACAGCAAUGGGUCGACAAUGUUCGCGACUUUGAGGCGUAUCUCAAACCAUUCAUCACACGCCCGCUGGAGGGCCACAGCAGAACGAAGCCUUCCACUGAGACCCACCGUACGGCGAUGCGUGAGCCGCCUCAGACGCGCCCAAGACCUGCGACAGAGAGUACAGGUGCAUCUUCGAAGCAGUCGAGAUCGCUUGCGCCCGCGCAAACAACGCUAUCUAUUCCUACACUCUUUACAGGUGGUCCUCCAAAGCUACCCAAGACAAUGCAGAGAUCGCGCACUGCCAAGUCGGCAUUGCAGAAGCCUCGAAAGCCGGCUGCAAGACAUGUGGACAGGGGCAACAAAAGUCAACAGAAGCCAGACGUCAACGGAGCUGGCAAGCUUGACAGCCGCGGAACGAAGCGCUUCAAUGGCGUUCGCGAGCAAAAGAGUCGGAAGAAGAUCUGCAUAAGGCAGCGUCGAGAGAGCGAAGUCGUCGCUGCGCUGCUCUUUGACGUUGAUAUUGAGCUUCGUAAAGUCCUCAAGGAUGAUGCGAAGGCAGUCUCGCUCAUUCCGCAGCAGCCUGGCGGGACUGCUCUUGGCAUGCUCGCGGUCGGUUCGGCGCUGCCGGAGAUCAUCGCAUCGGGUCUUGGAGCUGUGCGCUCGGAACCUCCUCAAUCCACUAUGAUGGCUAAGCAGGACCCUGUUAUGGGGGGGUGGUGCCUCUGCUUCUCAAACUGA